GCUCUCUCUACCUGUUGUUUUGUGUGAGGGAAAUAAUACAAGAACAAUACCGUUGAUGAACUUAAUUGAAAGAGGUUAGACUUUGCAGUCUUCUUGCGCCUUCUGCCAAAUUUGAGAUGUCCGGUCGGACAUGAAUAUUUCGACUUCGCCUUCUGAUCCCGGGCAACAAAGUCAGCCAUUGAUCUCCUAGUCGUCCAUGGGCCUCCUGCAGCCAGCUGAUACCAGAACUCCCACCACCUGCUCCAAUGUGUCUAACGUUUGUCCCCGUCGAACUCCUGCUCGAUAUCCUCUCCCUCGCGCUGCAGGGCCAUCCGCGGCCCACCGACGUGCUUUGCGUCGACAAGUCGUUCGCAGAGCUUGGCCAGCGCAUCCUGCAUUCCGAUCUCCGUUUCCGGACUGUGCGCCAACUCAUACGGUUUUCCGAAGAGCGCGCCGUGCUAGCGUGCCCUCCUAAGACGCUGACCAUCUCCUUGUCUGGAGGAGCCGCCAGCUUCGAUGUGUUCCUGCAUCUCGCAGUCGCGCUGCGGCGGUGUCGGAUGACGCUGACGAUGCUCGAGCAGCAAGAGGGUCCCCACGACCAGACCGCUCAGCAGCAAACGCAGGUCCCGCUCGACCUGCUAUCUCUAUGUCUGCACUCGCACACGCGCAACCCAAGCCUCGAGCACAUCUACGAAGCUCUGUCUAUGGCGAACCCAAAGACGUUCGUGUGGACGGGCCCUGAUCCAGCCCACCACUUCUCUACCGCUAUUGUGCCCGCCGCGACGUUCUACCUGUUCCGCGCCAUUCGCACCUGGAGCGACAUCACACACAUCACGCUCACCAACCUGGCGUUUCCCUCGGACGAUCUCGGUCUGCACGCGCCGCUUGCGCGCAAUGUGCCGCUGUUGCCCGUCAUCCCGAGUCUGCGAACGCUGUCCAUCGGCCAGGCGACGCUCCUUCCACCCAGCUCGAUCGCCGCAAUGAUCUGCCUCCCGGGCCAGGACCACCUCGAGAACAUACGGCUCGUGGACGCCUAUAGCGAGAGCAUAUGGGGCCCGCGGAUAAGGAGGAGAGAUGUCGAGAGAGCAGCGGUGGCACUGAAGAAAGCUGCAUCAGAAGAGGUCAUUGCGAAGGUGAGAAGGCUGGUCAGGUGCGAGGCGAAGACGGAGAGAAUCAUGGGAGGCGACCGUGUCGAAGGCACGCUGGUCCUUGACUGACGAUGAUAACGAUAACGACGACGAUGAUUGCACGAUGAGAUGCCCAGGACGUUUUAAAAUUCCAGUGCCGACUGCCCUAGGACGUUUGCGGUGACUCACCUCACAUCUGCCCGUGCGCC